AUGGGGAAUUAUGCUGAUCAAAAUCAAUUAGACCAACAACAAGCCCAUUAUAAAAAUCAAAUUGAUCCACAAUAUAUUUUAAAUAAUCUCUUAAAAGCAGUUGAUUUGGACAUUAUAGAACAUUAUAAUAAUAAUAAUAAUAAUAUAAUUUAUAAUAAUUAA